UGGAGGCUCAAAAUCGAAAAGUAGGCGUGUCAAAUGUCGUAAAACUGAAGAUGGAAGAUGAUGCCCCUGUUAUUUAUGGACUUGAAUUCCAGGCUCGAGCAUUGACUCCUCAGACAGCGGAGACAGAAGCAAUACGGUUCUUGGUUGGGACACAAUCAUUGAGACAUGUCAACCAGGUUCACCUCAUAGACUUUGAUGAUGAGAACAACGUGAUUAACAAGCAUGUAUUCCUUCAUCCAGAGGGGGAGGUGUGGCACAUCAGUGCAUCUCCAAUGGAUAAGCAGAUCAUGGCCACAUGUUAUAACAAAGCUAGUGAUAGUAAGACAGAGUUGAAUGCUGCUAUAUGGCGUAUACCCGACUCUGACGGCUCCCACCCUGAGGGCCCUGAUGAUGGGGCAAGUGCCCAUACUCUGGAGGCUCUUUCACACCUUGACAAUGCUGACUAUGGCGACAUGAAAUGCUUGUUAUGGAACCCUAGUAAUGAUGAUAGCAAUGUGAUAACUUUAGCCGAUAGCCAUAUACUCAUGUGGGACCUGAAUGCAAGUGGCACCAAUGCUACACUUUCACGAUCCACUGCUCUCGAAGGAAAGGGUCAUCCUAAGUUUACAUGUGGGAGAUGGAAUCCACAUCACAAUUCCACACAAAUAGCAACAGCUAAUGACACAGCUAUUAAAGGCUGGGAUCUACGCACCAUGCAACAGGCAUACCAUAUAGAGAAUGCUCAUAACCAAGUUGUAAGGGACUUGGAUUUCAACCCCAAUAAACAGUACUACCUAGCCACGUGUGGGGAUGAUUGUAAAGCCAAAUUCUGGGACAUACGUAAUACAAGCCAACCUGUGAAGACUCUUUCAGACCACUCGCACUGGAUCUGGACAGUUCGUUAUAAUCAUUUCCACGAUCAACUUGUUCUCACCUCUAGUAGCGAUAGUCGGGUGAAUUUAACGAGCACUAUAUCCAUAUCAUCUGAACCAUUUGGCCAUCUGGUGGAGGAUGAUGACACUAAUGAGGACAAAGAUGAUGAAAAUGAUGAUCACAAUAAGUCCCGUGAACCAAGUGUAGAUGGCAUCAUUGUAACAUAUGAGGAACACGAAGACAGCGUUUAUGCAGUAGAAUGGAGUACCGCUGAUCCAUGGCUCUUUGCCUCAUUAAGUUACGAUGGACGUCUUGUUAUAAACAGAGUGCCGCGAGCUGAGAAGUAUAAGAUUCUCCUGUGAGAGAUUAAUCAGACAAUUGAUUGAUUCACAUAUGAGAAAAGCCGCAGUGCAAUAGCUUUUACAUUUAAGGUACACUCUAGGGUUUAUGUCGUUAUUAGCACCUGGAGUUAGAAAGCCAUUAUAAGUCCUUAGAUAAUGCAUCCAUCAAAACAGAGUAGCAUAAUUUGUCUACUUUGAAACAUUAAUAUGCCAUUCUCUAUCCACAUGAGUGAGGUACCUUAUAUGAGACCAAGGACAUUCCAAUGCAUUCUAUAUAGGAUUGAUGUAAAUAGCAAUGUAGAAAGAUUUAAUUAUAUGUAAUAAAUAUAUAAGAAAAUUUAAGACCAUAGUCAUGGUUAAGUUGUAGUUGAAAUGCUUUCCAAUUUUUAAGAAAGGUAUGCCUGCCAUAAUUAUUUAGUUAAAUAAGCAUGUUGUUCAGUGAAAUAAUGGAAUAUUGAAUACAGGGUGUCCACUUUAUAAAAACGCCCCUCCCCCCCUUUAGCUUAUUUAUACCAACAUCUCAGACUUGAAUGUUAUGUACCAUUGUAAAUUUCAU